CCGGUCAGUCGGGUUCGGGAUGCAGCGCCUGCAAGUCGUUCUCGGCCACCUGUCCGGCCGCCCGGAGCCGGGUUCGGGCCUGGGCCUGGGGGCUGCCCCGUGCUCGGGGCUCGCCUCCACUCGGGCGGCCGCGGACGACAUCGUGGUGGUGCAUGGGCGGCGCACGGCCAUCGGCCGGGGUGGCCGCGGCGGCUUCAAGGACACUACGCCAGAUGAGCUUUUGUCCGCGGUACUGAGCGCCGUGCUGCGGGACGUGCGGCUGCCACCAGGGGAGUUGGGCGACAUCUGCGUGGGGAAUGUGCUGCAGCCCGGGGCAGGGGCUGUCAUGGCCAGGAUCGCCCAGUUUCUAAGUGACAUCCCCGAGACGGUGCCUUUAUCUGCUGUCAACAGGCAAUGCUCCUCAGGGCUGCAGGCCGUGAUGAACAUAGCGGGUGGCAUCCAACAAGGGGCUUAUGACAUCGGCUUGGCCUGUGGGGUGGAGUCCAUGUCCUUGGCUGACCGAGGGAACCCCGGCAACAUCACCUCUCGCCUAGUGGAUGUUGAUAAGGCCAGAGACUGCCUGAUUCCCAUGGGAAUCACGUCUGAAAACGUGGCUGAGAGGUUUGGCAUCUCCCGGGAGAAACAGGACGCCUUUGCUUUGGCUUCACAGAAGAAGGCGGCCAGAGCCCAGAGCCAGGGGUGUUUCCAGGCUGAGAUCGUGCCCGUGACGACCACCGUCCAGGACAACAAGGGCAACGAGAAGACCAUCACUGUGGCCCAGGACGAAGGGAUCCGAGCCAACACCACCCUGGAAGGCCUGGCCAAGCUGAAGCCGGCCUUCAAGAAAGAUGGCUGCACCACGGCCGGAAACUCCAGCCAAGUGAGCGACGGGGCGGCUGCCAUCCUGCUGGCUCGCAGGGCCAAAGCCGAGCAGCUGGGCCUCCCCGUCCUGGGCAUCCUGAGGUCCUACGCCGUGGUCGGUGUCCCCCCCGACGUCAUGGGCAUCGGGCCCGCCUACGCCAUCCCGGUGGCAUUGCAAAAAUCAGGGCUGACCGUGAAGGACGUGGACAUCUUUGAGAUCAACGAGGCCUUUGCCAGUCAGGCCGUGUAUUGUGUGGAGAAGUUGGGGAUCCCACCGGAGAAAGUGAAUCCCCUCGGGGGCGCCAUCGCCUUGGGGCACCCCCUGGGAUGCACUGGGGCCCGCCAGGUCAUCACCCUCCUCAAUGAGCUGAAACGCAGGGGGAAGAGGGCCUACGGCGUUGUGUCCAUGUGCAUUGGGACAGGCAUGGGAGCUGCUGCCGUCUUCGAGUACCCGGGGCCCUGAGGGCUCCGCUGGGGCCUGGCAGAGGUGUCCUCGGGGGGUGCCAGGGCCCCCUGCAAUCGUGCCUUUUUAAAAGAAAAGUUCUCUUCCAUAAAUAACAGAUUCUAGCGGGGAGCAGGCCCAGGCCCCCUCCAGUUUGCUCUAGGGGGACCCUGAGCUGGGCUGGGGCUUGGGGCAAACACGCCAUCUUUGAAAUCUUUCUAAUCCAAACAAUAAAGCUUCAAAUGACCA